GAGGACGCGAGCGGUGCCGCCGGCCGCCUCGAAGCCCGGGUCUGUCUGCUGCUGUAGUUCCCUUGGGUCUGGUACGGGGAGCGGGCAGGGACGCCCGGCGUGCAGGAAGGCAGGUGGUGUGGAACAUGCCUCCACCAGCCAGCACUUCUCCUGCCAUCAGAGGCCACACCCAUCUUGCCCAUGGCCUGCACAGGCCCGUCGCUCUCCAAUGCCUUUAACAUUCUAGGCACAGCAGGCCAGGACAAGCUCCUGUAUCUUAAGCACAAGCUGAAGACCCUGCGCCCAGUCUGGCCGGGGGUGGACCUCCUGCACGCCAUGGUGCUCCUGACACUGGGCCAGGAGACCGAGGCCAGGAUCUCCCUGGAGGCCCUGAAGGCAGAUGCGGUGGCCCGGCUUGUGGCCCACCAGUGGGCUGGCAUGGACAGCAGUGCCGAAGCCAUGGAGGAGCCACCAGACUUACCCUGGGCCGUUGCCCGGGUGUAUCACCUGCUUGCCGAGGAGAAGCUGUGCCUGGCCCCAAUGCGGGAUGUGGCCUACCGGGCAGCCCUCCACGCUUUCAGCUCCAGGGAUGACCCCCAACUCGGGGAGCUCCAAGAGGAGGCCCGGGACCGAUGUGGAUGGGACAUCAUUGGGGACCUUGGAGACUUUCAGCCCCUCCACUCUGCUCUGGGCUGCCUCCCGCCAUCCUCAGCAUCACCCUCCGUGACCCGUAGCCAACCUCAGCCCAUCGAGGACCCCUUGGGCUGGAGCAAAGGAUGCUCCCUGAGAUCCACUGGCAGCCCAGCCUCCCUAGCCAGCAACUUGGAAAUUAGCCAGUCGCCCACGCUGGCCCUCCUCAGCCAGCACCGCAGCCCCCGUGGGCCCAGCAGGCUGUGUGAUGAGCCGCCGGUGCCUGAGCCUGUCCCUGCAGGCUUCCAGGAACCAGAGGAGAUGAGCUGGCCUGCAUCGGAAGAGAUUGCUGACGCCCUGUUGCCACCAAGUAGCCCAGCCCCCAGGCUUCCUGAGGUGGCCUUAGAUGCUGGCCUGUCCAACCCUUCUGAAGCUCCAAACACCAGCACCCACUACCCGGUGGAAUGUACAGAAGUGUCACCAGCCCCCAAAUCUCUCGCCUCACCCUCUAGAAACACCUGCCCUGUCAAGGACCAGAUGCCACUACAAGUUCCUGUGGAAGAUACCACUUCCCCGACAGCCCAGCCGUGCCCACCAACACCCUCAGCCCCAAAGACGUCGCCUCCCUAUCCUUCUCUAUCGACUCCUUGUUCAGCUCACCCGGCCUCUGUGAACCCGUGUCCUCCUUCUCCUGAGUUAGAGCAAGAAUUUUAUAACUUUGUGGUCUUGCACGCCAAGGCGGAUGAGCACAUUGCCCUGCGUGUCCGGGAGAGGUUGGAGGCCUUGGGUGUGCCUGACGGGGCCACCUUCUGCGAGGAUUUCCAGGUGCCCGGGCGCAGCAAGCUGCGCUGCCUGCAGGAUGCCAUAGACCAUUCGGCCUUCACCAUCCUGCUACUCACUGCCAACUUCGACUGCUGCCUGAGCCUGCACCAGGUGAGCCAGUCGCUGAUGUGCAGCCUCACGAGGCAAGGAUGGCAAGACUGCGUGGUCCCUUUCCUGCCCCUGGAGAGCUCCCUGUCCCAGCUCAGUCCCGAGACGGCCAAACUGCUCACCAGCCUGGUAUGGCUGGAUGAGCACUCCCAGAUCUUUGACAGAAAGGUAACCAACACCUUCAAGCCUCAUAGGCUACGGGCUUGCAAAGCCAACUGGAAGAAGGAACAGGAUGCCCGGGCCCUGCGGGAGCAGCGCCAACACCUUGAGGGUGAGCGGCAGCAGGCAGUGGCAUUCAAUGCCGCAUACUCAGCCUACCUCCAGACCUACUUGUCCUAUCAGAAGCAGAUGGAGCAGCUCCAGGUGGCUUUUGGGAACCACAUGACAUCAUUUGGGACUCAGUUGCCCUCUGGGACUCAGGUGCCCUAUGGGGGCCAGGGGCCCCUGGGAGCCCAGCCACCCUUUCCUACCUUGCCCAGCCAUCAGCCACCAACCCUGCCUCCAUGGCUGGCUGGCACCCCCAGCCCAACCUUCCCACAGCCUCCGGUCUUCCCAUCAGGCUCAACUGUGCCCCCUCAGAGCCCGGGACCACAGCCCCUCAUCAUCCACCAUGCGCAGAUGGUGCAGCUGGGGCUCAACAACCACAUGUGGAACCAAAGAGGGACCCAGGCGCCUGAGGACAAUACACAGGAAACGGAAUAACCAAAUGACAAACCUGAUGACCUUGACUUCAGACCUCCUUUGGGCUGGACCUUGGAGGUCCCCCAUCUUCAAGGAGUACAGUGGAGGAUGAGGUCAUCUGCUAUUUUCAGGAUAUUACUGGGGACACCUUUAUGUGUCAGGAAAUCAUGCAAAAUGGUCCCCGAUGACUUUCUGGCUUUGGAGGAAGCCAGAAUUGGACGUGUUCAUAGAUUCUGGAUGGUGGUGGUAGGAAAUGGGCUGGGAGCUA